AUGGUUGUUGCGGGAAUGUUGCUAGCUGUCGGCGAGGUAGAAUCGAGGGCUACUGUUUGUGGCCUUUGUGAAAAAUACUGGAAAGCGUCCCAUGAAGACAUGACGAUCAAAAUUUUGAAGGAGGAUAUAAAAGAUUUGUCAGAAACCUUUCAGUAUUUUUUGGAUCAUUUCAAAAACGGGAAAACGUUGGUAGAGUACGCGUCCGGAUGUGGAAAUCCGGGAAAUGAACCUACAGGUUGGCUACAUCCGCAGAGCGAUCACAAUAAAUAUAACGAGUACAUGACGUUUUUGAUUAAAAUCGAAAACAGUAAUACUUCCAACGACCGGGCAAGACAGCGUGCGAAACUACUCCGUGAGGCCCAGCAGAAUAGCGUUUACCAGUAG